ACCUAGAUAAAUAACCUCACUUGUUUCAAAUAUUUAUUCAUAUAUGUAACUCUGACUCGUGAAUUAAAAGUGUAAAAUAUGGAACCAACAACUUCGUACGAGUCUCGCCGUAUCGGUGAGAACGACAUAUUGCCCCAAACGAUAAGUUUCCAAUUUGCCGCAGCCCGAGGCAAAGAAGUCCAGGUAAUGCGUAACACAUUAAGCUCGAGUAUGAUUUACGCGACGAAAAUGGCAUUUCAACGGCUACCUACUUACAUGAGACGUAGAGCUAUGUCACACAACGUGAAAAGAUUGCCACGAAGAGUGAGGGAGAUCCACAAAAGCCAAGUACAGAAGUCUGGAUUGCCUCAGAAAGUUAAAAACUUGAGAAAAUACGUGCGGAGGCCAUUUAAUUUGCAAAGUGAAUAUGUCAAAAGGAGGAGGAGGGUUAUUUGGUUGGACACACAUAUUUGGCAUGCAAAAAGAUUUAAAAUGAUUGAAAAAUGGGGAUUCCGAUUGCCAUAUACACCAUGUGAUAGAUCUUUUAGAGCAUGCUAUAGGGCUACAAAACAACACUGUUUAAUACAAGAUAUUUCAUAUUAUAGAUGCAUAGAAAUCUGUGGAAAUUAUAACAAAAUUGUUGACAAAUUUAAAUUGAUCACUGAUCCAAAAAAUGGACUGACAAUUGGUGCUAAAAUUUAUAAAAAUGGUAAAAAAGAAGGAUCUGUUUUUCUGUACAAAUAUAACAGCAAUAAAUGUAUAGGUAAAGUUAAUUUUAUGUGGAAAUCUCAAAUUGAGUCUGAAAAAAGUAGCAUAUGGUUGUGGGUUCAUCCAGCUUUUUACUCUGAAGUGUUUGAGACAAUUAUUAAGACUUUAGAGUUAGAAAAUUCUAUGGAUGUUGACGUGAAUAAUAUUCAUUUUAAUAAAGAAUUUGAAGUGUCAGAAUUGGGUUCAUCACUAACUAGAUUUAAGCUUAGUGGUCCUUUAUCUAUGGCUGUGUUACAAAACUGUUUCAUGCCUUUUGAACAGAAUUUAAAUGAACAAGUUGAUUGGUUGGAUAAUUAUAAAAAUAAAUUCAAUCAUGACAGUAUUUUUAAUGACCAAGUACAAUUAUGGAAGAGUCUUAAACAUGUAGCUUCUGAGAGUUAUCUACAUCCACACACAAUUAUAUCUCUGGUAGUCAGAGAUCCAAGAUAUAACUUACCAAAAAAGCGGACCAAGGCUUUGCCGGAUUAUGUAGGCGCACAAGAAAAUUUGUUUGAUGUCACUAAAGAUAUUUCUACAAGUCCAAUUUGGGAUGAUGCCGUCAGAGUCGCAGUGAAGGAAGGAAAAAUACCGAAUUCUAAAAUUAACGAAAUGAGGGAAGAGCUUUUGGUACCUGGCUCUGAUUUAGAACAAUCAGGUUUUCCCAUACCAGUGGUCUUAAUACAAAGGCCGGGCAUAAAAACUGAUGAAAAUAGAGGCUGUGGUCGUGGAUGGGACGUAAUUUUGCCUGGAGGUUGGGCUCAACCAUUUUGGAUUGCGCUAAUAAUGUGGGGCGCACGUUCCGCGGGUUUGCACGAGGAAAAAAUGCAAAGGUUCGAAAUGGGGUUGCCUGAUUUGUUAGAACCCGAUACGGAGGCGGGAAUACAGAGCGAGAACGAUACUUCUGCGAAGUGUAAAGAGGUUUUUUUCAAGAGGCCACCUAAUAAAAGAACUAACUUUAAUAAAUUCAGUAUUUCUAGUCCAUUUAAUUGGGACUGGAAAUUGUUGCUUAGUGAAUGGAAUGCUGAUAAUGCGGAUUUUUCUGUAUUAAGGGACAAACAAAUACUAAAAAAUUUGCAGGAAAUGAUUAAUUCAAAAAAUAGUAAUGAUACAGUCUUUCAAUAUAGUCCUAAUUUUUUAGUGCCUGUUAAAAUAACUGUGAAGAAAGGUCUAUUUCAUAAAUUUGCUAUAAUAUGUUUAACAAAAGAUAAGGAUUUAACAAAAGAGCCUGUUGAACCAAAGGUUCAGGAUUUAUUGCAACAAAAGCGUAAAGAUUUACGUAAUAAGCAUAUAAAACUACUGAAACUUUUAAGAAAAAGGAGAAUCAGAGCAAAAAGAAACGGAAAAGAGGUGAAAAUUGAAAAGGAAAUGCUUGAAGAUUAUAAAAAACAGAUGAGGUCUCUAUGGCUGCCAGAAGCAAAAACCAUUAGACAUUCUUGUUCUAGAGAAGUUAUAGGUUUUAUUAAAUUCGGCGACUUUUCAUUUUCACUUGGCAAAUGUAGUGCUAUAGGAUACAUUACAAUGGGAUCAAUUCCAUCUUUAUUAAAACAAACUCCUCACAACAAGGUUUUGCUGAGGAAUACAAAUAGUUUAAUAUACAGAUUGGGAACAUUACAAAUUAUAUGUGAAUAAAAAAAAACAUUUAA